AUGUCAUAUAGUACAUCACUUGAAUCAUUUGGAGGUUCACCACCAAAAGAUGGAGAAGAAUGCCAAAAUUUAUUGAAUCCUAUCAUUGAUUUAGAUGCAAAUACAAAUCAAGAACCACUAACAAAUGAAUCAACACCAGCAAAUGAAGUUGUGAAUGAAGAAAAUGUUGAGAGCAGUGACGUUAUUAUUCAAGAGUCCAAGAGGAAGAAAACUUAUCUAGUUUCGGAUCACUUCAAAAAAGUGGAAUCAAAGAAUGGAAAAAAAUGGAAAUGCAUACACUGUAAAAAGAAUUAUGUUGUUGUUGCUAGUGGAUCAACUAGUCAUUUUAUGAGGCAUUUAAAACAGAUUUGUCAUGUUUACAAGAAGCUAGCAGCACAACAACAAAAAUUAAAUUUUCAGCCAGCAAAAAGCAUGAUUGAUGAGAAGCUUUCUGGACCACUACUUAUGAACGCAGGGGCUAAAUAUGACCAUGAAAGACAACGAGAAGCCACUUCACAUUGGAUUAUGAUGUAUGAACAUGCAUUUAGUAUUGUUGAAGAAGAAGGUUUUCUUUUUAUGAUGAAAUGUUAUAAUAUUUCAUAUGAGAAAAUUAGUCGAAAAACAUUGAAGAAUGAUUGCAUUGCUGUUUAUGAAGCUGAAAGAAAAAAGUUGAAGUCUACUUUGAGGAAAAAACGCAUUCUUAGUUGUGUUCAUGUUCCUCCUCCUCGGCGUGGUGUUGAUAUUGCUGAUGCAAUCCUCAAAUGUCUUAAAGAUUGGGGCAUUGAAAAUAAAAUAUUUAGUGUGUCAGUGGAUAAUGCACUCUACAAUGAUAGAUAUGGUAUUGGGAAAAUAGCAAAAAUAGUUGAAAACGUGCGUGAAAGUGUGAAGUUCAUCAAUCAGUAUGAAGCAAGGUUGCAAACAUUCUCACAAAUAGUUCAACAACUAAAGCUUAGUGGUAAAAAAUUAAUUCUUGAUUGCCCUACUCGUUGGAACUCCACUUAUCAAAUGUUGUCAGUUGCAAUGCAAUUCAAAGAAGUCUUCCCUCGUUUUCAAGAUCGAGAACCAAGCUAUACGACUCUUCUAGAUGAUGAUGAUUGGGAAAAGGUUGAAAAAGUUUCCAAGUUGCUAGAGGUAUUUAAUGUUGUUACAAAUAUUAUUUCUGGUAGUGAAUAUGCAACUGCUAACUUAUAUCUUGCUGAGGUGUUUCGAAUCAAGCUAGUUUUAGAUCAAGCUAUCAAUGAUGAAUCUGAUUUUAUGAAAGAAAUGGCAAAAGCGAUGAAGGAGAAAUUUGACAAAUAUUGGAGUCAAUGUAAUCUUGUCAUGUCCCUUGCUUCUGUUUUAGACCCUAGGAUCAAAAUGAUGGGUGUUAACAUGUGUUUUCCCUUAAUUUAUUCGAAAGAUGAAGCUAGAAAAAAUAUAGAAAAUGUGCGUAUUGCUCUUGAUGACAUGUACAAAGAGUAUGUUGAUCUACCUAGUGAUCAUAAUGAAGAAGGAUCUAGUAGAACUAGUGUUGAUCAAAAUGGGCUUAUUUUGGAGCCACAAAAAUCCUCAGGGUGGUCAUUGUUAAUGAAUUAUGUUGAAGAGCAACAAGCAAUUCCUGCUGUAAAAUCUGAAAUUGAAGAGUACUUGAAUGAUCCAACUUACAAACCAAAAGAUAAUGGUCACAUGUCAUUUUGUGCCUUGGAAUGGUGGAAAUUGAAUAGUGGAAAAUAUAGAGUGUUGUCCUGUAUGGCAGCAGAUGUUCUUGCCAUUCCAAUAUCUACUGUGACUUCGAAGUCAACUUUUAGCGCCGGAGGGAGAGUUAUUGAUUCAUUCCGAGCUUCUUUAAAUUCAUCUACUGUCGAAGCUUUAAUUUGUGGUGGUGAUUGGCUUCGAAUAUUGCAUGGGAUUAGGAACAAACCUAAGGUGGAGCAAGUGCAAACAGAAAUUACAUUACUCCCUUGA